AUGCAAGAGCAUCUACAAAAGGAGUAUGGCAUAUCGAUAUCGUAUGGUACCGUUGUUCAGUUGUGUGCCGUGAGGAACAAGAGAAGGAUUUCGGCUCAGCGUUACCAGGGUGUUGCAGCAAUAACUUGCAGAAGAGCACGUAAAGGUUUUGAUGUCAAAUUCAAUCCCGAUAGCCGUUGGUCAUACUGCUUUUACAAGGGCCUUGAUAUGCUUCAGCUAAAAGACGGUUCAGAUAAAAUGAUUCUCAAUAGAGACGACCAAGCAGGAUUCCGUCUGGAUAGUACUUACACACAUAAGAACCAUAAAGCUGUCUGCUUGGAAGGAAAGCCAGAACUCACGUCACAUUCUGACUAUGUAAGCAAACACGGAGGUCAACUUCAAACAUCAUCUUACUUAUUCAUGAAGACGGAAACCACUGGUCAAGUGUCUGUUGGGAUUGUCAAAGCACCUGGCGUUCUACACGAGAAAACAGCAACACAGCAUCUUGCUGACUUGUACUGUUUGAAAGAAAAAGCAGAAAUGGAUGUGUGUUUUGAAGGAAAGAACAUUGAUUGUAUUAGAGUUGAUGGGGAGCCGAUGAGGGCCCAAGUCAUGUUGAGGUACAGUUUCGAUGGACCGAAUGGCAUCUAAAAGAAGGAAGGGAAUUGACACUGGUCACAACAAGGAACAGUGGUGCGAGCUGUUACAAUCUUGUAGAGCUGCAGAAUGGUGUUGUUGGCCGAGCGCAUGCUAAUCUCUUUAUACCGUCGACAUUGUGUGGAUCUGCCGAAACUGAAACGGGAGGAGUAUCUCAGGAUAGAUUACACGAAAACAUGGAAGCAGCACUGCAGGUGUAUUUGGAUAGAGUCAAUGACAUACCAUUUGGUUCAUCUGUAAUAAAAAUGUACAGAGGUGCCACAGAUAAGCAUGCAACAGAGCUGAAAGAUCAGAGACAGAAUUUACUUGUGUAUUUGAGGGGAACCAAAGCAGCUAAGGCCGAACUCAAGAAGAAGGAGCCAAAUCAAUAUCAUUACUUUGAACAGGUUUGGAACUUACGGAACCAGCACAUGGUACCAAACCUUCCAAGUGGGUAUGUGUUUGCUCUCAAAGCCUGUUACAAGGAGGGUUGCAUCCAUCCAGUUUGCAAGAACGGAAAACCAGCCAAUGAUUCAUUAUGGUUCCCAGGAGGGCCAAGUAUUCAGUACCUGCCAUUUCCAGUACCAGACCCUAAACGACCUUGGGGAGCCAAGGAAUGUGACAAGUGCAGUGGUAUUUGUAGUGGACACUACAAGGGACCAGAAGAGGUGCUAGCAGUGGAUAACUGCAAUUUGAGCAAAGCCUCCAUUUCUCCUCCAAGUACUGUGAUAAAAGAUGCCUUUGACAAAAAACAAAAGGAAUGUCUGGAACUGACGUCCGAUGAGAUAGAGAAACUAGCAAAGCAAACCUUACUCCCGUACCGAUGAAGUUGAGAUGUGGGUAAGACACCUAAGUGAUGUGAGGAAACAUCGCCAAGCAGGUGCCCAGAAAGCUUCUGCAAAAAAAAGAAAAGAGAACUCUCAAGAAGAAGUCUAGUAAAGCAGCUGUUGACACCCCUGACUCGUGGUGUAUUUGUGGAGGGCCAGAGUGUGGAGACAUGAUUGCCUGUGAACAUAAAGACUGUCCCAUAGAGUGGUUCCAUUUUCAGUGUGUGGGGCUUUCAACAGCACCAAGUGGAGAGUGGAUUUGCGCACAGUGCAAGGUUGCAGCCAUGGAGAAUUCACCUCAGUAG